AUGGAUCCAAUGCCUGCACCCUUGAAUGUGCCGGCCUUGUGGCAGGAGGCACGAAAUGCAGAUGGAAGAGUCUACUAUUAUAACGUGCAGACGAAGGCCACACAAUGGGCUAAGCCGGUUGAGUUGAUGACACCUGUGGAGCGCGCCCUUGCAAACCAGCCGUGGAAAGAAUACACCGCAGAGGGAGGGCGCAAAUACUGGUACAAUACGGAGACCAAGCAGAGCACGUGGGAGAUCCCCGAGGUUUACAAAAAUGCGCUUGCACAGGCCCCUGUUGCUCCGAUCCCGUCUGCUCCAGCUGUCCCGGUAGCAGGACCUGCCUUUGUAGCCGGCGGAACCAGCGCUUUUUCCCAGCCCCCGCAUCGUGACCGUGACCAUCCUCGUGACCGCGACCGCGAUCGUGACCGCCGAGACUACCGAGAUCAUCGCGACCAUCGCGACCAUCGGGAUCACCGGGAUCAUCGAGACCACCGCGACUUCCGCGAUCGGGACCGGGACCGCGACCGCGACGACUAUGAUCGUGGGUAUGGUGACCGCCGUGGAGGACAUGGACCUUUUGAUCCCACGGGAAUCACGGCUGUAUCAGCAUUGACAUCGCAGGCCGAUCCGGACUACGGCUCUCUUGAAGAAGCAGAAGCCGCUUUCAUGAAAAUGCUUAAGCGAAACAAUGUCCAGCCCGAUUGGUCCUGGGAACAGACAAUGCGUGCGACCAUUAAGGAUCCCCAGUACCGGGCUCUCAAAAACCCUCUGGAUCGCAAGGCGGCUUUUGAGAAAUACGCGGCCGAGGUUCGCAUGCAGGAAAAGGACCGGGCAAAAGAACGUUUUGCUAAGCUCCGUGCAGACUUUAAUACUAUGCUGAAGCGGCAUCCGGAAAUCAAGCAUUACAGUCGCUGGAAGACUAUUCGGCCCAUCAUCGAGGGUGAGACAACCUUCCGGGCCACUGAUGAUGACGACGAACGGCGUCAACUCUUUGAAGAAUACGUUAUCGAACUGAAGAAAGCACACGUUGAGCAAGAGUCUGCGAAUCGCAAGGCAGCCAUGAACGAGCUCAUGACUAUUCUAAGCUCUCUCAAUUUGGAACCAUACACUCGCUGGUCAGAAGCGGAGGCAGUCAUUGAGUCCAACGAGACAGUCAAAACUGAUGAUAAGUUCAAGGCCUUGACCAAGUCUGAUAUUCUGACCGCAUUUGAGAACCACAUCAAAUCACUAGAGCGUGCCUUCAAUGACGCGCGUCAGCAACAAAAGGCAAUCAGGGCCCGCAAGGAGCGCCGAAAUCGUGAUGCUUUCUUGGAUCUCUUGAAAGAGCUCAAAGCGCAGGGAAAGAUCAAGGCAGGCAGUAAAUGGAUGGACAUUCGUCCGAUCAUUCAGGACGACGCCCGUUAUCAUGCUAUCCUGGGUCAGUCCGGGUCAACCCCCCUCGAUCUUUUCUGGGAUAUGGUCGAAGAGGAGGAGCGCGCCCUCCGUGGGCCACGCAAUGACGUUCUGGACGUUCUAGACGAUAAACGCUACGAAGUCACUGCCAAAACCACCUUUGAAGAGUUCAAGGAGAUUAUGCUCUCUGACAGAAGAACGUCUCAAAUCGACACGGAAAUCUUGGUUCUGCUGUUCCAGCGCAUUCAAGACAAAGCCAUCCGUCGUGAUGAAGAAGAAAAGCACGCAGCAGACCGCCAUCAGCGUCGGGCGGUCGAUGCUCUUCGCUCACGUAUCAAGCGUCUUGAGCCUCCCGUCAGGCUUGGUGAUACCUGGACUGAUGUCAAACCUCGUCUUGAAAAGUAUGAAGAAUACAAAGCGGUUGAAUCCGAGGAGCUUCGCGAGUCCGCCUUUGAGAAGGUCAUCCGCCGCUUGAAGGAGAAGGAAGAAGACAUGAAAGAGCGCGACCCUCGCGAUCGCGAGAGGGAACGCGAUCACAGUCGGCGACGUGACUACGAUCGUGGUGAACGUGACUAUCGCAGCAGCCGAGGUGAGCGACGGGGUGGAAGUCGCUACAGCCGUACCCCUGAACUAGACGCCUACGAGGCCGACCGCCGCAAAGCCCAGGCCGACCGAGAACGAUCCUACCGCAAGGUCAGUGCAUUUUCACCUUCACGAGAUCGUCAUGAUGAUCGGGACCGCGACCGGGCAGAUCGUGAUCGUGACCGCUACCGUGACCGCGGGGACCGGGAUCGGGAUCAUGACCGCCGCCCAGGUGACCGGCGUGAAGACGAGCGGGAGCGUUUGUAUCGCACACGUGGUGAUCCGCGUGGUGGGCGUGACGAGCUGGAUUAUGGAGAGACCCGCAGCAUCACCAGCACUGACCGCCGCCGUCGCCGGGAGAGCGACGCCGAAAGCGUGGCCAGUCGCUCCACGAAGCGAUACCGCCGCGACAGUCGUGAGCGGGAUCGCAGCCCAGGCCCUCGCCGCGCUGGACGGGAGCGCUCGGCGAUUCCUGAGGAGCCCAGCAAAGAAGAAGCGAAGGCCAUCCACUCUGGCAGUGAAGAGGGAGAGAUUGAGGAGGACUAG